UAUGUUUUUUUUUUUUGGUUUUUUUUAGUUUAAAGUUUAGGGUUUUAGGGUUUAAUGUUUAGAAUUGAUAACAAGUAUGGUUUAUCUUCGAAUUUAUGUUUAUUUUUUUGGUUUUUUUUAGUUUAAAGUUUAGGGUUUUAGGGUUUAAUAAAAUCAAAAAAGCAGAGAAAGUAGUGAUUAGAUUGUAAACAUCUAGUAGUCUAGUGUUUAUCUAGUACUUUGCAUUGACCUUUGGCAUGGCUUCAAAUUGAAUAGUUGAUUUUAUGCAUUCAGAUGCAUAAAUUCUAUGUUAUUAGUCAUUAUAUAAGCGUUGUUGCAUAAACUUAUCAUUGCAGAAAAAUGCCCAACUCUGCUAUCAGAAAGUGUGCUCGUGUGCAGUUGAUUAAGAAUGGAAAAAAGAUUGCUGCUUUCGUGCCCAAUGAUGGUUGUUUGAACUUCAUUGAGGAAAAUGAUGAGGUGUUGAUUGCUGGAUUUGGUCGUAAAGGACAUGCUGUGGGAGAUAUUCCUGGAGUCCGAUUUAAGGUUGUCAAGGUUGCUGGUGUCUCUCUUCUAGCUCUGUUCAAGGAAAAGAAGGAAAAACCCAGGUCCUAGGUUAAGGUUGUUGGUUUUGUCUUAAAUUUUGCCUACUCAAAUGAAACUUGUACCGUCUUGAAAUGAAUACUGAGCAUCCUUAAAAAGAGACACCCUCCCUACUUUGUU